AUGCUGGCAGUUCUUCUCCUCAUCGGCGCGGCGGCGGCGCCGCUGCAGCCUCUUCGACCGCCGGACACCGUUGUGCGCAACCUGACGCACAUGAGCCCGCUGCUCACCUACGACGGCGACGUAGACUAUGUCUUCGGGCCGCCGCGCACCCCCGACGGUUCUAUGGCGGAGGACAUCUCCUUCUCGCACCAUAUCCUGAAAGAGGGAGCCAGCGCCGAAUUCGUCUUUGCGGGCUCGGCCUUUUUUGUGAACGGCUGGGCGGACGCGGUGCUGCGUGUAAGCGAGUAUCCGCUCCACGGGGCGUCGGCCGGGCGCGCGCAGUGGUGGCACGUCACGGAGGAAGCGCGGGAGGUGCGCGAGCGCACGCUCGUCGCUGUCCUAGGGAACGACGGGCCCCGCCGCGUCCGGCUAGACGUCACGAGCGGCGAGGUGUGGCUCAGCCGCGUGGUCACGCACACCGAUGUCCCACCCAGCACGCAGUGGGGCGCUCCCCACUGGCCGAUUAUGGACGGCUGGCGUGGCGUGCGUGAGCGCAUGGGCGCCGUCGUCAAGGGGAUCUGGCGCGAGACGUACGUCGAUUUCGCGGAUAUCGGGGUCGAACAACCUGUGGCGUGGGGCCUUGGAUCGUACGAUACGCCUGAGGACGAGGACGACGACUACGCCCACGUCACACUGAGCCCCGCGCUGGGCGCUAGCUGCGUCGAGCUCCGGGGGGCGACUCCGCUGCCGUCAAUGGGUGAAGGGCGGUACCGCGUCCUAGUCGAUCCGCCGCUUGCGGGACAUAGCGAGGUUUGGCGGCGCGUGCAUCCCGUCGGGCCGACGCCGGCCGACAUCGUACUCUUCUCUGCGGUACUCGACCCCUCCAUGGCGUUCACCGUGACGCUUCAGUUGCAGGGCGUCGGGUGGCACUGGGCGAGCGCGUGGUUCCUUGCAGAGAUGGGCGUUCAACCCCUCCCACCGUGGAUCGGGCGCGGGGGGCGCGUGCGCCGGGUCUUUGACCCAGUGAGGGGGCACAUUGUCCUUGCGCUCUCAUGUACAAUUGCCGUCGCCACGAUCGUGCUUGGCUUCGUGCUAGCUUGCCGGCGUGUGCGGACGGUCGACGCUGAGCGGACCCCGCUUCUGGACGGCUGA